CACUAAAAACACAUGGCUGACUUUUUAGAAGUGAAAGUAAACUUUGAAUUAAAUUAUUGAAUAACACUUCUGCAGAAUGGCUGACGCGUUUGGAGAUGGAUUAUUUGACGUAUUUGAGGAGAGUAAAGAAGCCAGUACAAGCAAAACGCAGAAAAAAUUAAAUGUUGACGAAAAAAGGGCAGAGAAUCUACUUAAAAAACUUGUUACAAAACGCCCAAAAGAAGAGGAAGAAGAUGAAAUGGAGACCAAAAAAAUUAAAAAAUUUACUGAUGAAAUAAGCUCCUUAGAUUCCACACCUCGCAUACAAAUUCAUACAGUUGAAACUGUAGAAGCUUGUUUACAUGAGGUUGCCAUUCCACCAGAUGCUGAAUUUACACCGUUAAAACCACCACCGGACAAACCAGCAAAAGAAUAUCCUUUUAUUCUUGAUCCAUUUCAAAAAGAAGCUAUUUUAUGUUUAGAGAAUUAUCAAUCUGUAUUAGUUUCAGCUCAUACAUCAGCUGGUAAAACUGUUGUUGCUGUGUAUGCUAUAGCAAUGUCUUUACGAGAAAGACAGAGAGUUAUCUACACAACACCUAUUAAAGCUUUAAGUAAUCAGAAAUACAGAGAGUUAUUUGAAGAAUUUCAAGAUGUUGGUUUAAUGACUGGUGAUGUGACUAUUAAUCCUACAGCUAGUGUAUUAGUCAUGACGACAGAGAUUUUAAGAAGUAUGUUGUAUAGAGGAUCAGAGAUAAUGAGAGAAGUAGCGUGGGUUGUGUUUGAUGAAAUACAUUAUAUGAGAGACAAAGAACGUGGAGUAGUAUGGGAAGAAACUAUUAUUUUACUACCAGAUAAUGUACAUUAUGUAUUUUUAUCUGCUACUAUACCUAAUGCAAGACAGUUUGCUGAAUGGAUAUGUCACUUACAUAAACAGCCAUGUCAUGUUGUUUAUACUGAUUAUAGACCUAUUCCAUUACAACAUUAUCUGUUUCCUGCUGGUGGUGAUGGUUUACAUUUAGUUGUUGAUGAAACGGGUGAGUUUAGAGAAGAGAAUUUUAAUACAGCUAUGUCCGUAUUAAAGGAUGCUGGUGAUGCAGCUAAAGGUGAUCAGAAAGGUAGAAAAGGUGGAAGUAAAGCUCAUGAGUCAAGUUGUUUUAAGAUAGUGAAGAUGAUAAUGGAGAGAAACUUUGCUCCUGUUGUUGUGUUUAGUUUUAGUCGUAAAGAAUGUGAAGCAUAUGGUAUGAGUAUGGCUAAACUAGAUUUUAAUACAGAUGAAGAAAAGACGUUAGUUGAUGAAGUAUUUAAUAAUGCUAUAGAUGCUUUAUCUGAUGAAGAUAAAAAACUACCACAGGUUGAACAUGUUUUACCAUUGUUAAAGAAAGGCGUUGGUAUACAUCAUUCUGGUUUAUUACCUAUUCUAAAAGAAACAAUCGAAAUUCUCUUUUCUGAAGGUUUGAUUAAGGCUUUAUUUGCUACUGAAACAUUUGCUAUGGGUUUGAACAUGCCUGCCAGAACUGUGUUAUUUACUAGUGCUCGGAAAUUUGAUGGUAAAGAUUUCCGUUGGGUAACAUCUGGUGAAUAUAUUCAAAUGAGUGGUAGAGCUGGUCGAAGAGGUUUAGAUGAACGAGGAAUUGUUAUUUUGAUGAUUGAUGAAAAAAUGAGUCCUGCAGUUGGUAAAAAUUUAUUACGGGGUCUGCCAGAUCCCCUCAACAGUGCUUUCCAUUUAACUUACAAUAUGGUGUUAAAUCUAUUGAGAGUAGAAGAAAUUAAUCCAGAAUAUAUGUUAGAAAGAUCAUUCUAUCAGUUCCAGAAUUAUGCGGCUAUACCAGAUCUCUGUGAAAAGUUAAAGAAAAAAGAAAAAGAAUGUAAUAGUUUAGUUAUAGAGAAUGAAGAUAAUGUAGCAGCAUAUUAUAAAAUACGCCAACAGUUAGAACAUCUUAGUGUAGAAUUAAUACACUUUAUACGUCAACCUGUAUAUCUUCUACCUUUCUUACAACCAGGUAGAUUAUUAAAGGUGAAAAAUAAUGAAGAUGAAUAUGGUUGGGGUGUUGUGGUUAAUUUCUCCAAGAAGAAAGCAGAUACGUCAUCUGAUAAAAGAGAAAAUACUGUAUAUAUAGUUGAUGUGUUACUAUAUAUAACUAAAGAUAGUGUUAAAAGUAGAGAUAUAACUCAAGUUAAACCAUGCCCACCUACAGAAAAAGGUGAAAUGCAGGUUGUACCAAUAAUGAUUCAUUUGAUAGAAGCCAUUAGUGCAUUAAGAGUGUAUAUAUCAAAUGAUUUACGACCACUAGAUAACAGGAUGAGAGUCUUCAAAUCUUUAGUAGAAGUAAAGAAGAGAUUUCCUGAUGGUAUACCGCUAUUAGAUCCUAUAGAAGAUAUGGGUAUUAAAGAUAAAGCUCUAACAGAAAUAAUCAAGAAAAUUGAAGCAUUUGAACAUCGUUUAUAUAGUCAUCCAUUACAUAAAGAUCCCAAUUUAAAACAACUUUAUAAUGAAUAUGAUGUUAAAACUAAGAUUUCCAAUGAAAUGAAAAUUUUAAAGAGUGAAUUAAAGAAGAAAAGAUCUCUGUUACAAAUGGAUGAAUUAAAGAAGAGAAAACGAGUAUUAAGAAGAAUGGGAUAUGCAACAGCUUCAGAUGUUAUAGAAAUCAAGGGUAGAGUCGCGUGUGAAAUCAGCAGUGGUGAUGAGUUGUUAAUGACCGAGUUAUUAUUUAAUGGUGUAUUUAAUGAUUUAACACCUCAACAGGCCUGUUCUCUCAUCAGUUGUUUUGUGUUUCAAGAAAAUGCCAACCAGUUAACGAAAUUAUCAGAAGAAUUGUCAGGUCCAUUAAGAAUAAUGCAGGAUACAGCUAGAAGAAUAGCUAGAAUAAGUAAAGAAGCAAAGUUAGAAAUAGAUGAAGAAGUUUAUGUUGAUGGAUUUAAACCUCAUAUGAUGGAUGUUGUAUUUGCCUGGUGUAAUGGAGUAUCAUUUGGUCAAGUUUGUAAAAUGACAGACUGUUUUGAAGGAAGUAUUAUUAGAUGUAUGAGAAGAUUAGAAGAAACAUUACGCCAACUAUGUCAGGCUGCUAAAGCUAUUGGUAAUACAGAAUUAGAAAAUAAAUUUGCUGAAGGCAUUCAUAAAUUAAAGAGAGAUAUUGUGUUUGCUGCUAGUUUAUACUUAUAGUCAUAUGUGUACAUUUCGUUAUCAUCAUUCAUACUAUAUAUAUGUAAAUAGCUUGUAUAUUUCAUCAUUUCAUUUAUCCAUAAAACAUAGCUUAAAUCAUAGCAAGAUAUGCUUGUAUUAAAUAUUUUUCAGUUAUUAAAUAUGGUACAUUAUAUUUCCUCACCUAGUUACAAAAUAUAAAUACAACUGCAUGUAAAUUCAGGUCUAUAUGUGUUAAAUUUUGUUACUAUCUCAUGAUAUACAAUCAUCAUUCUUACUAUUUAAACUUUCAUUGAGGGGAGGAAGUCAUGAACUAGUGUCUCAUUUCUUGUUGGAUAAUUCAUCAUCGUAAUAUCGGAGACCGAAAUUAUGUACAUAUUUUCUUGCAUAUAUGAUAAUACACUUAGUGUCAGGUACUGCUGUAGACUCUUGUGUGAAUACACAAUAGAAAUCAGCAAAUAUUGAUUCUGAAAAUGUUGAGGCUAUAUACUGGCUUGAUGUGUUUUAGUCAUCAUAUUGUGAGCAAUAACUAUUAUACUCAAUAGUCGGACAGAAAAUUUACACUAAAAAUACAGUUUAAUAAACAGUUGCUGUUGGAUUUUUUUGUAUCCCAAAAAUUAGGAUCAGCAGCUUUAUUCUCAUCUGUUAAAUAUCAUAUAAAAUAAGGAACUCUUAAAACAUUGUUUUUG